UCAUGUUCACUCCUUUCAAUGAUAUUUGAUAGAUGGAAAGGAAAUCCAUUUAGAAUUUGAAUUAAUGCAUUAAUUUAUUAAUAUUUCUUUGGAAUUUCAAGUUCCCCUUUCAUUGGUGCUGUUAUUCUUGUUUAUUUAAAAAAAUAACUUACAAGAUUAGCAGUUUUCUGAUUAGGAAUUGGUGAUUCUUGAAUGCUUUAGGGUAUGGCGAUUACCUUGGAACGGAGCCUCAAGUGACAAAUUUUGAGCUUAUAGUUUUUUAGAUUUUACGGUGUUGAAGCUGAACAAUGCCAUUUGAGGUCAUGGAUAAAAAAAAUGCAUCUCCUUCAUCCCACUUUUCGGAUGACGUUCGUUUCCCACAUGAGAGACAAAUUGGAUUUUGGAAGCCAAAUACCCUGUCUGAUAACCAAGACAAGAGGAUUCAUUCACCUCCACCAAAUCUGGUUAGAGAUCAAGAAGGAAAGUUCGACAUCAGUUGGAAUGGAAUUACCAACUUAUCUGAGCCUUCAUGGAAUUCUGUGAAUCAUCAUCCAAAAUCACUAUCUAGUAUGCAUAUGCAACCAGUGGUGAACUUUAAUAGAAACAGCUGCAAUGCCAAUGUGAUCCAGCAUGAAAGUAGUCUGUUUUCAAGUUCGCUGUCUGAAAUAUUUAGUAGAAAAUUGAGAUUAUUUGGGAAUGAUCUAUCUUAUCAGCAUGCCAGUAAAGCUGCUUCACACCAUGAAGAGGAACCUUUCAAAUCUAUGGAAGAAAUUGAGGCACAGACUAUUGGAAAUCUCCUCCCCGAUGAAGAUGAUCUCUUCUCUGGAGUGAUUGGUGAAUCAGGACUUAAUACUCAUGCCAGUAAAGGGGAUGAGUUAGAAGAUUUUGACCUAUUCAGCAGUGGCGGAGGAAUGGAAUUAGAAGGAGAUGAUCGCGGAUCCAUGGGUCCAAGGAAUUCAGAUCUCAUCGGAGUACACAACAGUCGAGGGGGUUCCAACGGCUCAAUCAUUGGUGAACACCCAUAUGGUGAACUUCCUUCUAGGAUACUUUUUGUAAGGAACAUUAAUAGCAAUGUUGAAGACUCAGAGUUAAAGACUCUUUUUGAGGAAAAUGCAUGUGAGAAAGAUGUAGAUCAAGGGAUGCUGGUGGUUUUCAACCCUGAUUCCUCUGUUUCAACUGACGAGCUUCAACAAAUAUUUGGUGCUUUUGGGGAAAUUAAAGAAAUCCGUGAUGCUCCAAACAAGCAUAAUCACAAGGUCAUCGAGUUUUAUGAUGUUAGAGCUGCAGAAGCUGCACUUAAUGCUCUGAAUAGGAGUAACGGUGCUGGGAAACAAGUUAAACUUGAACCAAGCCGUCUGGGUGGUGUUAGGCGUUUUAUUCAGCAGCCUGAGCAGGAGCUAGAUGAACCUAAUCUUUGUGGAAGCCCUUUUGAUGAGUUAUCAUCAGGACACAUUGGAGUAAUUGCAUCUGGUGGCAAGGAUAAUGGAUCUUCCCAGGUGUUACAUUCAGUUAUCCAGUCACCUGUGAAUACUUUUGUUGAACCUCACCGAAGUUCGACUGUUCCUAUUAACCUAGCCUCUCCAGCAAGAGUGGCACCCAUAGGCAACAAAAUAAAUCCUCUGGAGACCAACCAUUCUACGGAUGAUCUGAAAUAUGCUAACCAAGGGGUACAAGGUUUCCAUCCUCAUUCCUUCCCUGACUACCAUGACAGCAUAGCCAAUGGUAUUGAACUCAACUCCCCACGCACCAUAACAAACAUGGCUAGUAGUGCCGGUUCGAUGGCUGAAGGGCUUGACAAUAGGCACGCUCGAGGAGCAAGUUCAAAUGGACACCUGAUUGAACCUAAUGCUGGGGGAAAUGGAAGCUUGUCAGUUAAUGGUAAUAAUUACAUGUGGAAGACCAACAACUCACAUCAGCAGCAUCCACCAAGUGCCAUGGGUUGGCCAAAUUCGCCAUCAUUUGUCAAUGGUGUUCAUGCUUAUCGCCUUCCUCACAAGCCUGCAUUCCCUAGGGCUCCCCCUGUAAUGUUCAAUGUAGGAUCACCUUUACGCCACCAUAUUGGCUCAGAACCACCCAAUUCUGCACCAUGGGACAGGUGGCAUCCUUAUGCUGGGGAGUCUCCAGAUACUUCAGGUUUUCACCUAGGAUCUCUUGGAAGUGUGGGUUUUCAUGGUACUUUACCAUCAUAUCCUGUGGACAUUGCUUCCCAAAACAUUUUUUCUCAUGUUGGUGGUAUGGAUUUGAUGAAAAAUGGUGGGGUACACUCUCCGCAACAGAUGUGCCACCUUUACCCUGGCAGGAACCCAAUGAUUUCAAUGCCAACAUCUCUUGAUUCUCCUAAUGAACGUGUUAGGAACUUCUCACAGCGUAGAAAUGAUCUGAAUUCUAGUAAUGCCGAUAAGAAACAAUAUGAACUUGACAUUGACCGCAUCAUAUGUGGGGAUGACAGCAGAACAACGCUAAUGAUAAAAAACAUACCCAACAAGUACACUUCAAAGAUGCUUCUGGCAGCCAUUGACGAGCACUGUCGAGGAACUUAUGAUUUUAUUUAUUUGCCAAUUGACUUCAAGAACAAAUGCAAUGUGGGCUAUGCGUUCGUCAACAUGAUCGAUCCACAACAGAUCAUUCCUUUCCAUAAGGCAUUCGAUGGCAAAAAAUGGGAAAAGUUCAACAGUGAAAAGGUGGCAACUCUUGCUUAUGCUAGGAUCCAAGGAAAGGCUGCUCUAAUUGCUCAUUUCCAGAAUUCAAGCUUGAUGAAUGAGGAUAAACGUUGCCGCCCUAUUCUCUUUCAUACUGAUGGCCCAAAUGCUGGAGAUCAGGAGCCCUUUCCUAUGGGUACUAAUAUUCGAUCAAGACCAGGGAGACCUCGAACAACUAGCAUCGAGGAGAACCACCGCCAAAGUAGUUCUUUGACUUUAGGUUGGGAGGAAUUUUCCAAUGGGGCAGACUCAUUGGGUUGUUUGAAGGAUUCUUAUUGAGCAGUCUGCUUAUCUAUCUCUAACUUUCAGAGUACUAAAACUUUACCUACCCUGAUCUGUGUACUUGAGGUUGGCUUGAUGACUUUUUUUUGCCAUAUAGAAGCAGUUUUGUGAACCAAGUUGCACUGAAACUAAGUGGUAAUUUUUUUUCUUGUAUCGAUAGCCUGUUUAUGGGGGCUUCAAA